GGGCGGACGAUGCGGCUGAGCCCCGGCGCGGCCCUGCGCGGAGCACAUGAUGGCCAUCCGGGAGCUCAAAGUGUGUCUGCUCGGGGACACGGGGGUUGGGAAGUCAAGCAUUGUGUGCCGCUUUGUCCAGGAUCACUUUGACCACAACAUCAGCCCUACCAUUGGGGCAUCUUUCAUGACCAAAACUGUGCCUUGUGGAAAUGAACUUCAUAAAUUCCUCAUCUGGGACACUGCUGGUCAGGAGCGGUUUCAUUCGCUGGCACCCAUGUACUACCGGGGAUCCGCUGCGGCUGUCAUAGUAUACGACAUCACCAAGCAGGAUUCAUUUCAUACUUUGAAGAAAUGGGUUAAAGAGCUGAAAGAACAUGGCCCAGAAAACAUUGUAAUGGCCAUUGCUGGGAACAAAUGUGACCUCUCAGAUAUUAGGGAGGUUCCCUUGAAGGAUGCCAAGGAGUAUGCCGAAACCAUAGGUGCCAUCGUGGUUGAAACAAGUGCAAAGCAUGCUAUUAAUAUUGAGGAGCUCUUUCAAGGAAUCAGUCGCCAGAUCCCACCGUUGGACCCCCAUGAAAAUGGAAGCAGUGGAAUGCUCAAGCUUGGAAGCCAGAGCUCCCAAGUCAACCGUCGCUGCUGCUGAACAGAGGCCUGAGCCUUUACCCCGGGACCUGCUGAGGGAGCCUGCGCUGGGAUCCGGCACCCACGUCCUCCUGGAAGACCUGCGGGGAGCGGAGCAGGCAAUGCCCCUGACAAAAAGACCGUAGAAAACUGGA